AUGGCGGAUGAGUCAACACAAGGGGACGGCCAUGACAAGGCGUGGGAGAAGGUGGAGAAGAAAUUCACACACAAACAUGCCAGUCAAUACUACGAUCCAUGCCAAGAUUUCGCGGAUAGGAGUCUGAAGUGUAUGAAGCGGAAUGCUUAUGACCGGGAAUUGUGCCAUGACUAUUUCCAAGCCUAUCGUGAUUGCAAAAAGAACUGGCUCACCCAGAAGAAGGUUUCUGUGUCUGCGCCUCAAAAAUAA